AUGUGAAGCCCAGCUGGACCUCGGGCUGCAGAGAGGCUCCUUUCCUCACGUUCAUUUGGACUUUAUGUAACAAUGGCUUUGAAUAUACAUGUCACAGGAAGACCACGGGCAGAGUUCGUCACUGAGGCACACUCGUGCAGACACGGAGGCGUGCACUCGUAGCUUCUGCAGCGAUCUGGCAAUGCUGAGUGCGACCGACAACGAUGCAGUUCUGCAAAAAGGUGUUCUGCCAGCCGUGUAGUGCCAGGGUUACUUCACCAGAGGAGGGUAUGGAAUACAAGAUGGGGAGCUGCAUCAGAAUCCCACGCAAACAGAUCGAAGCUGAGCGUCUGAGCGGAGGGGACGACGAGGUCCUGCUGACCGGAGCCUCCAGCAGCCAGUCCGGCCUGCUGUCCCGACCGCUGCUCCCAGACGUCCCCGUCAUCACCGGAGUGGAGGAGAGCAGAGGUGCUGCUGCGGAGCAAGAGGACAAGGAGGAGCUGGAGUUUCCUCACGACCUGCUGCCCAGUUUGGAUUUUAGCAGCGAGCUGAACAUCUGGGAGUCCUCACUGGGACCACUCCCAUCUCUGGAGUCACCUCAGCUAGAGUUUCUAACUCCCACUGAGGAGGUAGCUCUUCCUCUGAGGCAAGAAGAAGUGAUUCCACUUCUGGACCAGUCUGAAGAAAAUACCACGCAGAUCUUAUCUCUGUGUCCUGUGAAAAGACCAGUAGAUCUUCCCAAACCAUUAGAAAAGACAGUAGAUCUUCCAAAACCAUCACAGCAUACAGCAGAGCUUUCCAAACCAACACAGAGCUCAAGGGCAGAGUUCUCAGAUGAAAAGUCAGAAAAAGUCGAGCCAACUGAGACAAGAGAACAUCCAGACGAGUCUUCAGAAUCUGAUAGGAAACCUGUUGAAGUGAAGGAAGAGCAGGCUGACAUUUUACAAUCAACCAAAAAGGUAGAAGAAAUCCCAGAGCCAACUAAACUUGUGUUAGAAUCACAAGAACCAGCAAACGCUGAGGUUCUGCAACUAAAAAAGACGACAACAGAGACUGUGCAAGAAGAGGUGAAGCUGCCAGAAGAGUGUGAAGACAAACCAGCCGAGGUCCCACCUGUGGAGACUGAGAACACUGAAGUGGCAGGAAGCAUCCUCGACUUCUCUACAGAGAUCCCACACAGCGGAUCCCUCCUCGCUGAGCAGGCAGAGAAAGGUCGCCCUGUUCCUGCUUCACCCGCAUCUCCUUUCAAUGAACACCUCCUGCUUUCUGGUCCUCACCUCCACGACACCACAGAACUACCUGUCUUAAAACCCCUAGAAGCCCUACCAACCCCACCUGCAUCUCCCUCCUUUCCUCCUCCUCCUUCUCCUUCUGAACUUUGUGAGAACCUCUUCCCUGCCUCUACACUUUGCCAAGUCCCUUUAAGGAGCUCAGACUCUGAUGGUGCUUUUGAAACUCCAGAAUCUACAACUCCAGUGAAAGCUGCUUCUCCCACUGAGCCCCACACAGAAGAAGUCAAACCUGAUGACAAAGGUGCAAACAGUUCAGUGAGUGAUGCUACGUCUGCUCUGACUCCAGCCGAUGCGCUCUCUCAUUCUCCAUCCACUGUUUUCGAUGAGAACAAGCCCAUCGCUGCCAGUGGAACGUACAAUAUCGAGGUUUUUGCCGCAGAGCCAACAGGUCACGCUCUGACGCGGUCUCUCAGCCUUCAAGGGGGGGAACUAGAUAGUUCUGCUCUGCUAGACGAAUCGGCGUCUGGAGGCUUCCGACCUGUGUCCGGCUCCUUCAGCGCGGGCACCGAGAGCGCCCCGGGCACCAUUCAUAGACCAAAGAAAGUCCGCUCUGGGUCUGUAAAGAAGAAGCCCCUCCUCCGACAGAACUCCAACCCCGAGAGCCCGAAGCCAGCCUCGUCCAUCAGCACCCCAGAAAUCAAGAAACGGGCAACGCCUGAAACUGCCAGCCCUCUCCAGGCUCAGGAGGUUACAGAGGAAAGCUCUGCCACUCCGAGCCCUGGAGGGACUCUCCAAAAAACCAGGAGGAGCCGUGUUGAAACGCCGCCGCCUCUAACAGAGGAGACCCAUCAGACUUGCCAAGAGGAGAGCAAUGGUGUCCCUGCGUUACCUUUGUGCCACGAGGAAACCCCUCAACCAGCGACUCUAACAGAUAAAGAAGACUCUCCUAUUUCUACUUGUGCCUCAUACAAAUGGAAUCCAGACAAUUUUGAAGACAUCAACCCCUUCAAGACUGGAGGGAGUAAAAUUGCCAAUUCUCCUGUUUUGGAUCGUAAAAGUCCUGUUCGUGGUCCUAUCUCCAGCCCUCCGAGAAGUCCCCCUGUCCCUGCUGUGGAGCCACAUUGUUUUACUCCUGCACCUCCUCGUGAAGCUCUGAUCAACAAUCCAGAGGAGCAACCAAUUUUACCCAAGCGUCAGUCAGUAAGACUCGAGUUUGACUACUCCGAGGAAAGCUGCGAGGCGUCCCAGCAGGCCUCUCCUCCACCUAAAAAAGUGGUCAAAAAGCCGAGCGGCAAGAUGCCGCUGAGGAAAACGAAGCUGGGGCUGAAAAAGACGGCCCCAGCACCGGCCGAGCAGCUGGACAACAACAACCCUCCUGCGACUUACGCAAGCAACGAGGGCGAAAUCGCCGUUCCCAAAGCGUCUUAUAACUUUGAACCCGACAAGUGGGAAGAUCCAAACUUCAAUCCGUUUAAUUCAAAGAAAAAUAUUUCGAAUUCUCCAAAAUUAGCCAGGGCGCCGUAUAAUUUUGACCCCAACAACUUUGACGACUCCAUAGACCCUUUCAAACCCUUCGUCAAAAUGGCCAGCUCCCCUCCGAACGCCUCUGCCUCGUUUGAAAUGUCAACCAAUGACUACGACAACGAAAAUGACAAUGACAACAUCGGGGAGCUGGGGGACCAAAACCAGAACAAACCGGCGAAGAAGAAAACUCCCAUAAAGUCUAAUACUUUCAGAGUGAAGAGAUCGCCAAAGAAGUCAGUGUUGUCGGACACAUCCCAGGAUCCAGACGACCCUGUCAGCACACAGGAUGAUCACGCCACGGAUGAGGAGAAGUUGGCCUCCUCCACCAACCAUAAGUGGACAGCCAGGCACGACACGGAGUCAGAUUUGAACGCCGACCAGCAAGACUUCCCUCAACCUUCCGACCUCACGUCUUUCGUCCACGAGAGCAACCUCCCUCAGGAGGCCCCAGUGCAAGACUAUGAAAUCGAGUACAUGGAGAAGAUUGGCUCUUCAUCCCCUCCACUGUCUGCAAAGAAGCCAUCUUUGUACUUGAAUUUGGACUCGGUCUCUGACAGUUUGACAAAAAGUACGGGCACACAUGGAUCUGAGCCCAGCUCCCCCUGCACAGGGAGCUUCGAGGAGAUGGAGGCUCAGAUAUCAGCGGGUAUGAAGACGCCGGUGUUGAGCGUGCGGCCCGGGCCCGAGGGUUCUGCUGGAGACAAGGGCAGGAAGAGGGAGAGCGAGGUGCUCAGCCGAACACAGAGCAUAGAGAGGGAGGAACAGUCCUCUAGCCAGGGCCCCGUGGAGGCCCCUGCUCCAGCCCAGGCCUUGUUAGACAGGCUGUCUGAGUGUGAUGACCCCCUGCAGUACCUGGAGCCCAACCUGGCUGAGACCAACCCAACUGUAUUCGCCCAAAAACUACAGUCUCGACUAAAGAAACCUAUCACACGGCGGUGGAAUAUCAAUGGUUCGCCUUUACUCAAACACAGAGACGUGUCAUCUUCAGUGGAAAACAUUGUGCCCAAGAGCUCACUGUACGCCAGGACCGCUGCCAUCAGCAGCUACAUCGAAGGGGAGAGCCCUCACCUGCCUCAAGAUCUGGACCAGUCCUUGGACAUUGCACGAGAAGAGAUCGUGACAAAAGAGAAAGAAGUGCUGGAGUGGCAGAGGAAGUAUGAAGAAAGUCGACAGGAGGUGGUGGAGAUGAGGAGAAUUGUUGCUGAAUAUGAGAAGACCAUAGCUCAGAUGAUAGGCAUGCCAGAGGACGACCAGAAGGAGAAGUCUCUGUCCCAUCACACCAUCCAACAGCUCAUCCUGGAGAAGGACCAGGCGUUGGCCGACCUCAACUCGGUGGAAAAGUCUCUGGCAGACCUCUUCCGUCGAUACGAGAAGAUGAAAGAUGUGCUGGAGGGCUUCCGCAAGAAUGAAGAUGUGUUGAAGAAGUGCGCUCAGGAGUAUCUGUCGAGGGUACGAAAGGAGGAGCAGCGGUAUCAAGCCUUGAAGAUCCACGCAGAGGAGAAACUAGACAAGGCCAACUCGGAGAUCGCCCAGGUACGAGUCAAGUCCAAGCAGGAGCAGGCCGCCUACCAGGCCAGUCUGAGGAAGGAGCAGAUGAAGGUGGACUCUUUGGAGCGCACUUUGGAGCAAAAGAACAAAGAGAUCGAGGAGUUGACGAAGAUCUGCGAUGAGCUGAUAGCCAAGAUGGGGAAGAGUUAGCGCUUGCAGAGCUCUAGAUGUCUGAGGCCCAAGAAGUCUUGGGGUUUUGCGUCCUACUGACUCUGUACGAGAUCCACAGGAAUGACCAUCCUACUUAUUCUCUGUUUCUUUGACGUGUCAGUGUGUCGUACUGUAUCAGAGGUCUGGUGUAAAGUUUUAGAGAAGUUAUCAUAUCAAUAACAAGUGUGUGUGUGUGAGUGUGUGUUUGGUAAUGAGAACGUGGAAGUUUGUGGGGUAAAUUAUGUAUUAUGAUGUUGCCAUGACAGCCACUGAGGGAGAAGACUGUUUACUCACUCCUGUUAGCGUCUCUUCUUACUUCAAGACAGAGAUAGAUUUUGGAACAGAAAAAAUGUAAAAGAUGUGUAGAUUUAUUCAUAAAAUAUCAAUAAACGUAUAAUAAAAUUUAAACAGUCCAAAUAAAGUCUUGCAUGUAAGAAGAAUAACUUGUCAUGUUAAUGUUUGUAAAUAGAAAAUCUGCAUUUUGAUAUAAUUACUGUCAUCCUCACCCUGAAGCCCUCAU